CACCCAUCGUCGUCAUCCCUACAUCGGUUUCUAAUCGCACGUAGAAAUUUCUGCUUUGAGCCUUGUUCCGCUCAUUAUAGCCAUGCGACGUUGCGACCGAGGCAGUUGAGGCGACGAUUUCUAAUGCUUUACUGUCUGCGUGGCGCACGAAACACACCGUACCGCAAUUCGUUCUCGGGCUGAGAACGGCGAAAAGUGUGGCCCAGACAACUUUACUCUUCUUGUCGUACCUCCGUUAGAACUCGCUGGUAGGCACUGGACCCUUUCACUAUGACGCAAUACGAAUUUGGCUAGUUGAAGCCGUGUUGACAUAAAAGUCUGCUGUGGAGGAGCUAUAUGUAGGUCUCUUGUCCCGCUGCAUUUACGACCUGUCAUACCAUUUACUUCCUUUGUCGAAUACUUUAUCGAGAUACCCCUCCUUCCCACUCUCAGUACCCAAGAGCAUAUUCGUAAACAGACACAAUGGUUCAGAACAAGGGCCUCAUUUUCAAGAAGGUGCCCGUAGGCUGGCCUGUCGCUGGCCAGGACCUCACAGUCGAGGCCCGCGAAUUCGAUCUUGAUCAGCAGAUUCCCGAGGGCGGUCUUAUCGUCAAGAACUUCUACGCAUCAUUCGAUCCCUACCAGCGUGGCCGCAUGCGAGAUGCCUCGAAGAAGUCGUACUCUCCUCCCUUCGCGCUCGGCCAGCCCAUCACCAACAAGUCCAUCUUCAAGGUCGUCAAAUCGAACAACAAGGACUUCAAGGAGGGCGAGGUUCUGAUCACACUUGCUAUCACACCCAUUGAGGAGUACUCCCUUCUCGACGCACAAACCGUCAAGACCGUUCGCAAGCUCGAGAAUCCCUACAACCUUGAUACCAAGCUGUUCCUCGGUCCCCUAGGCAUGCCCGGCCUGACAGCCUGGUCCUCCUUCUACGAGAUCGGCCAGCCCAAGAAGGGCGAGACAAUCUUCAUUUCUGCCGCGUCAGGUGCUGUCGGUCAGCUUGUCGGCCAGCUGGCCAAGCACGAGGGCCUGAAGGUCAUCGGCUCCGUCGGCGACGACAAGAAGCUCGAGUUCAUCAAGAACGAGCUCAACUUCGACGACGGCUUCAACUACAAGACCGAGAAGCCCGCGGACGCGCUCGCCCGCCUCGCCCCCAACGGUAUCGACAUCUACUACGAGAACGUCGGCGGCGAGCAGCUCGAGGCCGCUAUCAACGCCAUGAACAACUUCGGUCGUAUCGUUGCAUGCGGUAUGAUCUCGCAGUACAACCUUAAGCCUGAGGAGAGCUACCCAAUCAAGAACCUGAUGUCCGUCGUGGCCAAGCGCAUCACCAUGCGCGGUUUCAUCGUCUCCGACGAGAACAUGGGUCCCAAGCACGCGAAGGACCACCAGGAGAAGCUGCAGAAGUGGUUGAGCGAGGGCACAUUCAAGGCCAAGCUCAGCGUCACUGAGGGUAUUGACAACGGUGUUGAGGGUUUCUUGGGUAUGCUGAGGGGAGAUAACUUCGGCAAGGCAGUGCUGCAGAUUGCGGAUUUGGAGAAGGAGCAGUAGAUUAUGAUACCACUGAUGGCCUUUUGAGCCACGAACGAAUUAAUUUUGAAUAUUUAUCUUUGAUAACUUCUCGUCA